AUGACAUCAAAGCUCGUUUAUCUGGUGGCUGUGCAGAUGAGCACUGGAAAGAAUACCCACUUGGACGCGACGACUGGAAGAUCCUGCAUAGUUUCCUUGACAACAGUGGUUGGAAAGUGCGGCUCCGGCGUCUACAGGUUUGACUAUUUUUCCCGAAUUGCAAUCUUUGUCCACCGUGUGCCUUCUUCCGCCCACGCAGCCUUCCUCUAUGAGUUCUACUUCCAGCUUCGGUCCAAGCUGAACCGCCUUUGCGCGGGUGACCAGGAGCGCGAACAGUUUGGGGCGCAGAUCAUAGCCCAUGGGAGUGCCGAUGUGGUUGGGAGGACGACCUUCGACAAACAUCAACCUGAUAACUACAUCACUCACCGGGCUGCACCAACCUGUGGUCUCUUUCUGGAGUUCGCCUGCUCACAACAUCGCAAUAGGCUACCGGAACUGGCCGAGUUCUAUCUAUUGGAAGCUAAGCGAUUGACUCAGAUGGUGAUUGACAUCGAUUGUGACUCCCUUCGAACAAAGAAAGUGACUCUCCACACUUGGAGACGCGGCAGUGAAGAUCAUAGUGAUACUAACAGCGGUCUCAUUGAAUACUCUCAGGAACUUCGAUCGGAGAAUAGUGUGCGUGUCUCGGGGCCUCCCUUGAGAAUAUCAGUGUCCGACAUAGUCCCUCGGGAGCAUGUCCCGCUCUCACUGCACAAUGCGACCAUUGACUUCUCGGUUGACGAGCUUUGCGGGAUUUUGGAGACGGCAGAAGACCAAAAGACAUUGGUGAAAGCUGCCGAGGGCGAGGGUGGACAUCAAUGA